AUGACGAGACGAGUAAGGCGCAUACGGUCUUCAAUAGCUUCACGAAAUGCUAAUGCUCCAGAGGUAUUCUUUGCUGUUGAAGGACGUGUCCAAGGUGUGGGCUUCAGGUAUUUUACACAGAAAAAGGCCCAGGAGUACGGAGUGACGGGAUGGUGUCGAAACACAAAGGACGAAAAGGUUGAGGGUGAGGCUCAAGGCAACGAGGAGGUUCUGACAAAGUUCUUCGAGGACGUAGACAAUGGCCCAAGAUCUGCUCGAGUGACAAAGGUAUCUCAAGAGGAGAGGCAGCUUGUUGAUGGAGAGAAUGACUUCGUAGUUACGCGUUGA